UACAUUCCUGGGAUUGAGCGCGGGCCCUUACCAGCAUGUGCAGAGGGGUACAGACUCAAGCAGAACGAAAAAUACAUGCUUGCGAAAAAAAGAUUAGAUGAAUGGGCCCCACAGAUUGAUGAGAUUUUGUCUGAUGCAAAAAAUGAAAUCAGACAAAGAUUUGGAGAAAAACUUUACCAGAAGAAAGGACGCCAAGGAAGUGACUUUAAAAAAAAGUUACCACCGGAUGGUUUUCGAGCAAUUGUGAGAUGGGGACAUAAUGGGAUUCCAACCGGACAAUGGGCUAAUAACUUCAGCUCAUACCUUGGAUGUUUGAUACGGAGGAGUGAUAAUGUGAAUCCCUAUUACGAGGCUUGGGAGCAGCCAUUUCAUGUCCUGGAGAGUAUAUAUCGAGAUUGUUGGAGAUAUUUCAACAUCGAAGACAAUCCCGUAGGGUGGGAAUUUUUAUUUGGAUACCAGGGAAAGUUCAAGCAUUCUCUUCGGGAGUGGAGACAUGAGAUAAAGAAGAAAUGCUUUGAUUGUUUCACUCACAACUGGGAGAGGAUAUACAAGCGAGAUAAGAGGGUUGAGCCUGAGCACUUAGCUGCACUUAUAAUAUUGUGGGGCCAAGAGGAGCACCAGGAAAAAUGUAGGAGAAAUAAACUUAAUCGAUGGAAAAAAGAUUAUGAUCAUCAUACGGGGACUACUUCAUUUGCCCAGAUUGAGGAUCAAUUUUGUAGGACAACGAACGCUCCCUUUAUCCCACUACCAGAACUGCACAGGAGAACGAUGGUUCAAUUUAAGAAGGGGUACGAUGACGAUGAGAAUAGGAAACAAAAGCUAGAAUUGGCCAAGAAAUCCAGCCUCCGCCGAUUUCAACACCAUCGACUAUGCCAUCGGGGCCCUCUUACAUGCCGCAGGAGGAUUGCACUCAGCAGGCGAUGCAACUUGUUUCCUCUGUGAUGAAUAUGUUAGAUGGUCAGAUUCCCGAGGAGAUGUGGGAGGAUAUUCAAGAGGAGCUUAUGCGAGUGAUCCAGCCUACUGCUACUUUUGCGAUGGUUUCUAGGCAAAUAAUGAAAUCUUGUAGAAGGCGGGUUCCUACUCGGGUGCAAAGCCAGAUUAUGAACUUCUUGGCCACUCAAAAGGCAUUUACUGGUAGUGGAGAGAGUAGCAGACAGAUUGGAGAUGAUACUAUUGGGAGCACGAGUCGUAGGGAUGGAUCCGCCAGUGG